CUCCCUAAGCGAUCUACCACUAAUAUAGUAGCUACCCUAAUAUAUCAUAUAAAGAUAGCCCUUAAUCGCCGGAAAGUCGCUACCCUUAUUAUAAUAGAUAUUAAGGGGGCCUUCGACACGGUCCUCCGGAACCGCCUCUACUAUAGACUACGGGAAUAA